AAACAUUCAGAGUCAAACAUGAAGAUACUGAGACACAAACAAAGAUGGCGUUUAUUAAAGAAGAGAGUGAAGACAUAAGGAUCGAAGAAACGUUCACGGUCAAAGAUGAAGAACAAACAGACCUGAUGGCACUGAAAGAGAAGAGUGAAGUACUGAAUGAAAUGGAAGAGAAAGAUCAUUUCAUAAAUGGAGAAAAAUCUUUUACUUGUUCACAGACUGAAAAGACUUCCUCAAGAAAAAGGGCUAAAAAGACAGGAGGACGUUAUUUCACCUGCCAACAGUGUGGAAGAAGUUUCAUUAAAAAAGAAAGCCUUAACAGACACAUGACCGUUCACACUGGAGAGAAGCCUCACACCUGUUCUCGGUGUAGAAAGAGUUUUGAUCAACAUGAAAACCUUGAAGUCCAUAUAAGAACUCAUAGAAAGAAACUGUACACAUGCCCUCAGUGUGGAAAGAGUUUCGGUCAAAAACGACACUUUGAAGGCCACAUGAGAAUUCACUCUGAAAAGCAACCCUACACAUGCUCUCAGUGCGGAAAGAGGUUUAAUCAUAAACAGCGCUUAGAAGACCACAUAAGAACUCACACUGGAGAGAAGCCUUUCACCUGCCAACAGUGUGGAAGAAGUUUCAACCAAAAAGGAAACCUUGACAGGCACAUAAACCGUCACACUGGAGAGAAGCCUUUCACCUGCCAACAGUGUGGAAGAAGUUUCAACCAAAAAGGAAACCUUGACAGGCACAUAAACCGUCACACUGGAGAGAAGCCUUUCACCUGCCAACAGUGUGGAAGAAGUUUCAACCAAAAAGGAAACCUUGACAGGCACAUAAACCGUCACACUGGAGAGAAGCCUUUCACCUGCCAACAGUGUGGAAGAAGUUUCAACCAAAAAGGAAACCUUGACAGGCACAUAAACCGUCACACUGGAGAGAAGCCUUUCACCUGCCAACAGUGUGGAAGAAGUUUCAACCAAAAAGGAAACCUUGACAGGCACAUAAACCGUCACACUGGAGAGAAGCCUUUCACCUGCCAACAGUGUGGAAGAAGUUUCAACCAAAAAGGAAACCUUGACAGGCACAUAAACCGUCACACUGGAGAGAAGCCUUUCACCUGCCAACAGUGUGGAAGAAGUUUCAACCAAAAAGGAACCCUUGACAGGCACAUAAACCGUCACACUGGAGAGAAGCCGUUUAUAUGUGGUCACUGCGGAAAGAGUUUCAAAACUAAAUUAGCAUUUAAACACCACAUGAGGUUUCACAUAUGAGAGAACUGUUUUUUUUAGUUAUCAGUUUGAGUCAUGUAAUAAAACCAGAGAGAAGCCUUUGCGGUGCCAUCACUGUGGAAAGACUUGCAGAAACAAGACAAUCUUGAGGUUCACAGAAGCAUCACUGAUAUAAUUCACAAUAGCUGAGCAGCGGAUUUGGGUUUAAA